GAGGCGCAAUAUUCGAAUAGAUUUGCUUAUAUAAACUUCAGCUACGGGCAAUAAAUUCGAAGUGCCAGGCAUAUAAAUAGGUAACACAUUUGUAGUGCUCCAGAUAAGAUUGCCAGCUAUUCGAGAGUCCCAGAGCUUCCUAAGACGCGCAGCAGAGUUUCAACAUGUUAGUGGUUUUGCUGGUGGUCCUCCUGGUGACUCGCUUGGUGGCCUCGCUGUUUCGUUUGGUGCUAAAGGAGCUGCGACAUCCGUUGCAAGGCGUUGUGCCAAGUGUUUCGAGAGUUCCGCUGCUUGGAGCCGCUUGGCAGAUGCGUAGCUUUCAACCAGACAACUUGCACGAUAAGUUCGCCGAGUAUGUUAGGCGCUUUGGUCGCUGUUUCAUGGGCACUGUCCUGGGGCAUGUGGUGGUGGUCACAGCGGAGCCCCGUCAUGUGGAUGCACUGCUGCAAAGUCAGCAUCAGUUGAAGAAGGGCACGAUGUAUAUGGCUCUACGCGGCUGGCUGGGCGAUGGACUGCUUCUGAGUCGCGGAAGGGAGUGGCAUACGAUGCGCAAGAUCAUCACGCCCACCUUUCACUUCAGCAUUCUGGAUCAGUUUGUCGAGGUUUUCGAUAGGCAGAGCAGCAUUUUAGUGGAGCGGCUGAAAGUCCUGUCGCGCGGCGACCAGGUCGUGAACAUCUAUCCCUUGGUAGGUUUGGCUGCCCUGGACAUCAUCACCGAAACUGCUAUGGGCGUAAGUGUGGGCGCUCAAGGAGGUGACUCCGAGGUGGUGCACGCUGUAAGAGAUCUCACUAACAUCUUGGCCACCAGGUUCAUGAGACCACAUCUACUCUUUCGCCAUCUCUUCCGCCUGUGCUGGCCCAGCGGAUUCAGGAAACAACAAGCAGGCGUGCUCUGCCUGCAUCAGUUCACCAACGGAAUUAUUGAGCAGCGCCGCCGCUCACUGGCCAGGGAGGCCCAGCAAGAUCAGCCAACGAAGCGUCACGCCCUGCUGGACACUCUACUGCGGGCAACUGUGGAUGGGAAACCUUUGACUGACAAGCAAAUUCGCGAUGAGGUUAACACAUUCAUCUUUGAGGGUCAUGAUACCACGACUUCAGCGGUGUCCUUCUGCUUGUAUCUGCUUUCCCGCCAUGAGGCAGUGCAGCAAAAGCUCUUUGAGGAACUGACGAUGCACUACGGCCAGGAUUUAUCCAGAGGCGUUCUUCUAUCGGAUUUUGCUGCGUUACCAUAUCUGAGCUGCGUGGUCAAAGAGUCCCUGCGUCUGUAUCCGCCUAUUCCGGCCGUCGCGCGCUGCCUGGAAAAGGAUUUGGUUAUAGAUGAGGGCUACAUCCCCGUGGGCACCAACGUGGUAGUCCUUCUUUGGCAGCUCCUCCGGGAUGAAGAGCUCUUCGCCGAUCCACUGGUCUUCCAACCGGAGAGGCAUCUGGGAGAAGAGGCACCCAGACUUAGUCCCUACAGCUAUAUACCGUUCUCCGCUGGACCACGGAACUGCAUUGGUCAAAAGUUUGCCCUGCUGGAGAUGAAAACCAUGGUGACCCAGGUGAUACGCCACUACCAGCUGCUUCCCAUGGGCGCCGAUGUGGAGCCGUCCAUUAAAAUAGUGCUGCGCUCGAAGAACGGGGUGAAUUUUGGGCUGCGACCGCGUUUGUAUUGAAAAUCUGCGAGUGACGAUUGAAAAUAAAGCAUUUCGGAUCAGCUGG